CCGGGAGCGUGCGGAGGGAAACCUGAGCUGCUUCACGGGAGACCCGUGCACUCGGUGCUUGUGGCUCAGCAGCAGCCCAAACUAGAAGCUGGCCCCACUCCUUGCUAUCAUGAGCCCAGCCUCAGUCGAGCAGUUUCCCGACAGCCUGCCUUGCAUUGAGGGUGCUGUGCAAAGCCACAAGAGCCUGACAGCAGAGCCAAGGAGGGAAGCAAGGAGGACACAGGCCUCCCCAGGACAUGAUUCUGCUAAUGCAUCUCUCAAAACUCUCUGCACCAUCAGGAGGCUGUUCCUGCUGCUCGGGGUUGCUGGGCUGCUGGCGGGGACAGCGGCUGGGGCAUGGCUCCUAGUGAAACACCUGAAGAAGCCUCAGCCAGACCAGGGCUUCACCCUGCUGCAGGAGCCGGGUGCAGUCCCAGCAUGCAGUGAUAGUGAAGAGGAAGACCCCAUGGUCCGUAGGGCUCACAAUAGAGUGUCUUUCAGAAUAAACGUGGCAAACUCCUUGCUGGAGGCGCAGGUGGAAGGCCGUCCUGGCUGGCUCCUGGCAUGCCACGAGCGCUGGAGUCUCUCCCUGGGCACCCUGCUCUGCCGGCAGCUCGGGUAUCUCAGAAUGACCCAUCAGAAAGGAGUGAAUGUGAAAGAUGUCAAGGUGAAUGACACACAGGAGUUUGUUCGGGUGAGACUGCAGCAGGAAGGCAGCCUGGAAGACAUGUGGCAGGUCAGGAGCAGCUGUGAAUUGGGUCGAAUUGUGGCUCUGAAAUGCUCAGAAUGUGAGCUGCGCCCUGGUGCUGGGCGGGUGGUCGGGGGGAUGGAUGUGCCCCUGGGGCGCUGGCCCUGGCAGGUCAGCGUGUACCAUGGCUCCCAGCACCACUGCGGAGGUUCUGUGCUGGCACGUGAAUGGAUCGUCACGGCGGCUCACUGCGUGCACAGUUACAGGUGGCUUCCAGCCUCUGCCUGGCUGGUUUUCGCAGGCGUUAUCACCCAUGGCUCAAUCAAGCAUGAGGCUGGGGUAUCAGUAAAGAAAAUAAUUUACCACCCGCUUUAUAAUGACAGUAGCCUCGACUACGACAUUGCUCUGAUGAAGCUCCAAGUCCCCCUGAAUUUCUCAGAUGCCAUCCGUGCUGUGUGUCUGCCACCCUCCCACUGGGACCUCUUCCAGGGCAUGCAGUGUUGGGUCUCUGGCUGGGGCUAUACCAGACCAGAGCAAGCACAGGUUACUGAGACACUGAAGGAAGCACUCGUUCCCUUAGUUGGUACCAAGAGAUGCAAUAGUUCGUGCAUGUACGCAGGCAGGCUCACUGCCAGGAUGUUGUGUGCCGGCUACCUGCGUGGGAAAAUAGAUGCAUGCCAGGGUGACAGCGGGGGACCCCUGGUUUGUCAGGAUGAAUUCAUGUGGCGCUUAGUAGGCAUUGUGAGCUGGGGCCAGGGCUGCGCUGAACCCAACCACCCUGGGGUUUAUACCAAUGUGGCUCAGCUUCUGCCAUGGAUUCAUCACAUCACUGAGAUCUACUAGAAAUAAGGCAAGGAGAGACUUCACAGAGCAACACUUUGCCUUUUCCACAUAGUAAGUGGAGAAUGGUCCAGGACUAAUUCAUGUUGUGUU